AUAAAAAAAAUAACGUUAACCCAAAAUAAGGGAAAAUGGAUAAAAUAUUAAUUACCGCCAUCUGUCAUCGCUUUUGCGAAUUAACAUAGACGAUAGCAAUAUAAUCAACAACCUUGGAUCUUGCCUUUCAUAUCGACCAAGUGUUAGUAGUACUAUCUCUGUGACAUAGAUGGCACUAGUUCCACACUAAUAUUCUUUUGUAGUAACACUUUCUGACAGUAGGGGUCUCACAGAUCGUAAUCUGGAACAAUCUAGAGAUUUCUUCGGAUCAGGAAGUGGAUCGUGCAAAAUAUUACCAAAUAUGGUGAUGUUUGGUGCUUCGAUCAGUAGUGGAAUCGAAAGAUAGGGGGUAUAAAUAUAGGAGUUUUGUAGAAACCGUCCUUUUUCGAAAUCGAUUUCUACAACAAGGAAGAUCAGACUGAAGAAGUGCUGUGUCUUGUAAUUUUAUUAAAAAGUUGUCGUGCAGGUCCCGUGAAAGACCUGAAUUAAUUAAUAUUUGUGUGUAUUUCGUCCCAGAUUCUGGGUUCUUUAUAUCUGGAGAAAAUUCUUUAUAUCUGGAGAAAAUUCUUUAUAUCAGGAGAAAAUUCUUUAUAUCAGGAGAAAAUUCCUUGUAUCAGCAGAAAGUUUAUCCAUGUCUACCCCAUUGUAGACAAUCAAUUGAUUUGUCGUUUUGCCCGUGAAGUCGAGCUGGAGCAUCGUGGUACGGCUUCAGAUACUCAUGAUUUAUACGAGGUCACCGAAAGAAGGCAGAUCCUUACAGUCAUACACCAGAUCCUCUGUUGUAGUGCUGGCACGCCGGAUAUCUGUCUCAGAAGUUAAGUAACAUAGUUUAUUAACUGUAUGUACUUAUAAGGGUAUUGACAAUCACCCUGCGAAGGUGAUAUGUUUGUUACAGAUUAGCUGUUUUUGCUGUAUUUAAUCCAAAUAUUUAUAGUUAAAUAUUGCCAUUCAUGUAUAUUUGGAAUUUUUGUUAUAUAUGUGUAAUUACCCACUUCCUUCCAGAUAAAGUUGUAUUAAAAUUAACGAAAAUAAGUGGGUAACUUGUAAUAAUUAUAUAUUUAAAGGUGCAUGAUUUGAUGAUCAGCUGAUCAUCGUCUGUAUGUAUAUUACUUGUGCCGUUCUUUGGAUUAAUUGGUAAUUUGAUUACAUGGGUUAAUUGUGUGUGUUAAAUUAAAUAUAUUUUGGUAAAUUUAUACUGUAUAGCUUUGUGUUAUUUGAAUUUAUUUAUACCCCACGAAGAGAAUCAUGGCGCCCUGGGAUUAUCUAAUAUAAAGUUUAUUUAAGAGUUUCUUGUCCUGCCCUGAGACUAGGUCCGGUGGUAGCCGAAAUUAAAGGUUACAAAUUGGCGACCAACGUCAAGGCCGACAGAAAAACUGAUUCUCUGGGGUUUAUCCAGGUGUGUUCUAAUGAUGAAGAAUAGGUUGUAAGCCAUAAAAAGUUUCAACCAAUCUGAAGUCACACCUUAGCUUUUAAUUAUAUAAGAAUACCUUAAUUUAACACACAACCCAACCAUCUAGUUUGAUUUUCUUUGAUUUUUAUUUUUUAUUCACUACCUUCUUUUAUUCUACUUGCAACAAAAUGUCCUCAAUACAUAAAUAUAUAAACUAUUUAAGAAAGGAUGAGAUCAUAUCUGAACUAGAUUUACUCGGCAUUUCCACAGCUCCUGAUUCAACCGUUGAUUCGCUGAGAAGGCAGCUGAGACAGGUGCAUAAGCUGUCCAGGCGUGGCAGCAUUAAAACAGAACAAGUCACAUCACCACUCCCAGCAGCUGAGGCAAAAGUCUGUAACCCGAAGGUUGGUGAGCUGGAGGAUCUGCUUUCUUCAGGUGACUUAACGAAAGAUAGGAGUUUACUCAUACGCAUUUCAGUCAGGGCUAAUUAUCUAAUUGACCGUUUGGCUAGGUCUGGAUCACUAAAUACGUCAAUAACAGAGCUUAGACACAGACUUAUUAGAAUUUUGGCUGAAGUAGAACCUGACGAUGAAGAUAGUUCGGAAGAAUACGUAGAUAGGGAGAAUACCCCCAAAUGUAAAAGCGCGAGUAGAGUAAUUGAGGACAUACCAGAUAGUGAGGUAGGAGAUCGUCUCGUAAAAGAGAACAGGAUUGAUAUGCCUAAAGGUAGGGAAGAAAUUUUAUUGGUUAGGGAUAAACCAAUAAACCUAAACUCUUUAAACUUAAAAUACAAUGGAUCAACAUGUAUUCGAAUCUUUAUAGAAAGAUUAGAGGAACUCAGGCAGGCCCGUGAGAUUCCGGAAGCACGUAUGCUUACUGCUUUUUCUGACCUAUUAGAAGGCCCACCAUUAUCAUGGUUUAGGUGCAAUAAACCAACUUUUAAUUCUUAUUCUGAAUUGUUAUCUCGUCUAAAAGAGGACUUUGACACUCCAGAUUUUGAUUAUCAAUAUAAAAAUGAAAUUAGACAACGUACGCAGGCUAAGCAUGAAACAAUCUUAAACUAUAUUUCCACUAUGCAAGGAAUGUUUUCUCGUUUGUCCUACCCCGUAUCCGAGGAGGAACAACUAGAAAUACUAAUGCACAAUAUUCGACCAGAGUAUAUGAUGGCAUUAGCCUUGCAAGAAGUAGAUUCAAUUAGCAAAUUGAAACAUUUAGGAAAGCGUUUAGAGCUAGCACAAUCGCGUGCAAACAACUUUAUAGAACCCAAAUUUAAUAAAACAGAUAACUAUUACAACCCUCCGUCGAGGAGUGGCAAGUUUCCAAGUAAGGAUUAUAAAAUAGCAGCCGUAAAUUCCAGUCCACGAGGUGAGGCGAACAUUACGUGCUGGAGGUGUAAAACCAACGAACAUGUCUCUAAUGAAUGUAGACAGGCUAAAUCUAGGGAAAUAUUGUGUUAUGGAUGCGGACAGCCAGGCGUAACACGACCUGCAUGUCCACACUGCAAUUCAAGAGUAGAAAUUGAGAAUGUCAAAGAAAAAAUAAAACUGAAAUGUGAGAACGCUACCCGAUACUCAACAUUAAAUAGGUCACCUAACAACUUAAAUAAAGGUAAAGUUCUCUUUCCAAACAAAAAGCCUGAUAACCGACCUCACCUUCAGGUAGAUAUCAUCUCUGUAGAUAGUCCAAAGGAUGAAUGGUAUCAAUAUAUGCUCACGUCCGUAAAAGAAAAUCCGCGCAAAUUCCCAAAUUUUAUGGAAAAAGAUGGUAGUUUAUUUAGAUAUUCAAAGAAUAAAUAUAAUUUGACAAACGAAUGUAAUUGGAAAUUGGUAGUACCUGAGGAUAAUAGGUUAGAAUUAUUACAAAAGUAUCAUGACGAUCCUACAAGUGCACACUUGGGCGUUAUGAAAACUCAUAAAAGAAUAGCCUUACAUUAUUAUUGGCCUCGCUUGUAUGAAAACGUAAAAGAUUACGUGAGUAAAUGUGAAGUUUGUAAAACAUCUAAACCUGUCAACACCGUUCGUCCUGGUCUGAUGGGUAAUCCCAAGUAUUAUAAUCUAAGGAAAAGACAGGUGGAACUGAAGAUAGGCCAAUUCGUUUAUAAACGUACAUUUUAUCUCUCUAACAAAGCCAAAAAUUUUUCAUCUAAGCUAGCUCCUAAAUUCAUAAAAUGUGUGGUAACAGCCAAGCGUUCACCACUAGUAUAUACUUUAUCAGACCUAGACGGAAAAUGUUUGGGUAAUUAUCAUAUUAAAGAUAUCCUCAAAUAUGAUUCUUAAGUAAAAAUUAAUUAACUUUUGUGUUUAUGUCUGUUUGACUAGCGUCAAUAGUACAAAUUAAAACACAAAUAGUGAUUAUUUUAAUCUGUAUUACCAGUAACGGAGGUUACACAAUGGUAAUUACAAGAAACAAGAUAAGGUUAGGUAGUCGAAUGAGUCCAGGUUCAAACCCGAGUUAUGACCUACUCGCUAUUAUUCACUUUAGGUUGUUUGUCUAUGUUUUUUUUUUUUUUUCAACGUGAAAUUGCAGAAGAUUAAUUUUGUAUGUUUUUUUUUUUUUUGUUUGUAACUUAACUUGUAAUUUGUUAUUUGUUUUUUUUUGUUGCUUUUGCCAGUCAGGUCUCUAGGAGCGAUCCCUGGGAAAAUUUUUAGUAACUAAAAAUUUUUUCACAAGGGGGGGUGUAUUGUAACAUAAAAAAAAUAACGUUAACCCAAAAUAAGGGAAAAUGGAUAAAAUAUUAAUUACCGCCAUCUGUCAUCGCUUUUGCGAAUUAACAUAGACGAUAGCAAUAUAAUCAACAACCUUGGAUCUUGCCUUUCAUAUCGACCAAGUGUUAGUAGUACUAUCUCUGUGACAUAGAUGGCACUAGUUCCACACUAAUAUUCUUUUGUAGUAACACUUUCUGACAGUAGGGGUCUCACAGAUCGUAAUCUGGAACAAUCUAGAGAUUUCUUCGGAUCAGGAAGUGGAUCGUGCAAAAUAUUACCAAAUAUGGUGAUGUUUGGUGCUUCGAUCAGUAGUGGAAUCGAAAGAUAGGGGGUAUAAAUGUAGGAGUUUUGUAGAAACCGUCCUUUUUCGAAAUCGAUUUCUACAACAAGGAAGAUCAGACUGAAGAAGUGCUGUGUCUUAUAAUUUUAUUAAAAAGUUGUCGUGCAGGUCCAGUGAAAGACCUGAAUUAAUUAAUAUUUGUGUGUAUUUCGUCCCAGAUUCUGGGUAAGUUUCUAAAACAAAAUAUUAAAUAGAUAUUCGUUUCUUCGCGAUGUGAAUAUAGGUUAUAUUGUGUUCUUACGAUGUACCCAUUGUUAUAGGUUCUUUAUAUCUGGAGAAAAUUCUUUAUAUCUGGAGAAAAUUCUUUAUAUCAGGAGAAAAUCCUUUAUAUCAGGAGAAAAUUCUUUAUAUCAGGAGAAAACUCCUUGUAUCAGCAGAAAGUUUAUCCAUGUCUACCCCAUUGUAGACAAUCAAUUGAUUUGUCGUUUUGCCCGUGAAGUCGAGCUGGAGCAUCGUGGUACGGCUUCAGAUGCUCAUGAUUUAUACGAGGUCACCGGAUGAAGGCAGAUCCUUACAGUCGUGCACCAGAUCCUCUGUUGUAGUGCUGGCACGCCGGAUAUCUGUCUCAGAAGUUAAGUAACAUAGUUUAUUAACUGUAUGUACUUAUAAGGGUAUUGACAAUCACCCUGCGAAGGUGAUAUGUUUGUUACAGAUUAGCUGUUUUUGCUGUAUUUAAUCCAAAUAUUUAUAGUUAAAUAUUGCCAUUCAUGUAUAUUUGGAAUUUUUGUUAUAUAUGUGUAAUUACCCACUUCCUUCCAGAUAAAGUUGUAUUAAAAUUAACGAAAAUAAGUGGGUAACUUGUAAUAAUUAUAUAUUUAAAGGUGCAUGAUUUGAUGAUCAGCUGAUCAUCGUCUGUAUGUAUAUUACUUGUGCCGUUCUUUGGAUUAAUUGGUAAUUUGAUUACAUGGGUUAAUUGUGUGUGUUAAAUUAAAUAUAUUUUGGUAAUUUUAUACUGUAUAGCUUUGUGUUAUUUGAAUUUAUUUAUACCCCACGAAGAGAAUCAUGGCGCCCUGGGAUUAUCUAAUAUAAAGUUUAUUUAAGAGUUUCUUGUCCUGCCCUGAGACUAGGUCCGGUGGUAGCCGAAAUUAAAGGUU